AACGAAGUAAAUGUAAUAACAACACGUGAUAUUUAGAUCAUUUUAUGUUUGUGAAUCUUUCUUGUCAGUAAGCCAUGGCUGGAAGUUUUAGUUUGAAAGAUUUAUCUGAGGACCAGAUACAAAAGGCAUUUGAUAAGUCGUCAAGCAAAUUCAAAGAACCGGGAGUCAAGUUUGUCUUAGUUACUAAGGCCAAUGAAGACAUUGCUUUAAGAAUGGCACGAGAAUAUUUCAUUACACAGGAACCAAUGAGUAAAUGUGUUGGAUUGAAGUGGACGGGCGAGGUAGAAGAGCAAUGGAAGAAAGAUAUGAACAGCGGUCUUUCUCUAAUGCUCUUGCAUGAUGAAGAUGAUGAUCCAAUAGCCUUUCUAACCAUCGAAAUCAUCCGAUUUGAUGACAGAUGUGAUAUUGAAGGUAUUCAAUACCAAGCGUAUCAAGACUUCGUUCGCUGCUUGGCUGAUUGUGACCGGAAUGCGGAUUUCUUUGGCCAUUUUCAAACUAAGGAAGCUUUUCACUUCAUUUCUUUAGGAGUGACUCCGAAAUACAGACAACGUGGAUAUGGGACAAAGAUAAUUUACUUUGCAAUUGAUAUGGUUCGUAAUUUUGAAAUCGGUCCGGUGUAUAUUAAAGUAGAAGGUUCAUCCAAUUUUUCAAAGAAAAUCUUUGAAAGGGCAUGUAUGGAAAUCUUACGUGAGAAAUAUUUUGAAGAUUGGGAAUUUGAAGGGAGGAAACCAUUUCAGAAUACAGGCAUUCAUAAGUCUCUAAAAAUCUACGGACUGAAAUUGUCUGCAAAAUAACAUUGUUAGUGUGAUACAGUCAUUACUUUAUUGUUAUCAGAUAUUCUAAUUACAUUACAAGAAAAAGGGAACAGUC